AGCUUUUUUUUAAUAGUGUGGAUUUAUUGUGCUGUGCUUUUUGGAGGAUGAUCAUAUAUAUAUGUGGUCAGUAGUGCCUAUGCUGUCUGUGACCCAGCCUCCGUCUCACGUUACACCCUAUUUAUAACAUCCCCUUCCCAGGCUCCCCUCGUUCUGCAGCUCCUAGGAACCUCCUGUGCUUCCAGCUUCGAGCUCCACUCCUCUGUUCCUCCUGACAUCUGAGAAGUUCUGCAGCAGCUUGUCCUGGGCUAACUGUUUAUCCUGCGCAGCCUGCCAACCAGCCGCAUGCUCCGGAUUACCACAGGACGCCCAUUUUCCAGCUCAUUUUGCUAUUUGAUUUAUUAUUAUUCUUUUUUUCAGUUAAUGGAAAAAAUUAGGAAAAGUAACCUGGAUAUGUGCUUGUGAUCUUUCCAUUUGUUGUUUUUGGUUGAUUUUCUGACUUUGCUACUUCCACUCACCCAUCCCACCCUCACUAGAGGGCCUUGUGAGUUUGUACUCCAUGGAUCACACACUGUUUGGCUGCCUGCGGAGCCCCCAUGCCCCGGCACAGGCUUUGCAUCCCGCCUUCACCCAGUCUCCCCUGACGCUCCAUGGACGGACGGAUCACAUCUCCUACCCAGACUUGGCUUCUUCCUCAUCCUCCUCCUCUACAUCCUCACCUUCUCCAUGUGUCAUCUCCAGCUACCCGGGCGACGACGGUCUAUUUUCUGGGCAGCACCACCACCACCGGAGCCACCUGCCCUCCCAGCAGCAUCACCACCAGCCUCAGCACCACGGAUCCUGGCACAUCCCACAGAUGCCGUCACCCGGUGGCGGCGCACGCCACAGCAUUUGCCAUCCACAUCCCCUGUCGUCCCAUGAGAACGGGCCCACGCCUCCAGACCUGGGCCACCCCGGUGCACCCAGCAUAUGUGCCAGCACACCAACUCUGGGUAGUGGCAGCACCCCAACAGGGGUUUCCUGUGUGCCCGCAGACUUCGGCAGACAGACCCUGUCACCCGCUGAAGCGGAGAAGAGGAACGGCAAGAGGAAAAGUGACAGCUCAGAGUCCCAGGAUGGGAAUUACAAGCCAGACGUGAGCAGCAAGCCCAGAAAGGAGAGGACGGCGUUCACCAAGGAGCAAAUCCGAGAGCUGGAGGCCGAGUUCGCCCACCACAACUACCUGACCCGACUAAGGCGCUACGAGAUCGCCGUGAACCUUGACCUCACUGAAAGACAAGUGAAAGUGUGGUUCCAGAACAGAAGGAUGAAAUGGAAAAGAGUGAAAGGUGGCCAGCAGGGUGCAGCUGCUCGUGAGAAGGAACUGGUGAAUGUGAAAAAAGGAACACUUCUGCCAUCAGAGUUCUCCGGCAUUGCGGCGCUCCAUCACUCCACGGACUCCUUGGCCAAUGAGGACAGUCAUGACAGUGAUCAGAGCUCUGAGCAUGCUCACUUAUGAUGCACAGGCACACACACAUCCGUCCCCUCGUUCGCCUCGGGACCUUCCUUAGAAGGAACUGCUGUUGGAAGAUUCCCCAUGGCCAUUCAAUCAAACAACGAGGAGGGAUAUUUGUUUAAAAAAAUAGCUGCAGAAAUGAUGUAAUUAUUUUGCUCCUAACAGAUUUCUUGUUUUUUUUUUUUGUUUUUUUUCAUUUUUUCAACGCACCUAAAUGUUUUAAAAAGAAUCUUAUCAUUGAACAAGAUAACCUGAUUAAAUACAAAAAUAACUUUUCAAAUUUAUUUCAUUUUAUUAUAAAACAAAAAUACUAUCCAAGCCAACCCGAUCCUACCGGUACCUAAAAAUGUAAUUUCCCCAGAAGUCAGUGGUUGUUCUGCCUUUGCUGUCAGCAACCCUACCAAGCAAAAAAUAGGUUGAAAAUAUAUUGAAAAAAUAACAUGAUUUUAAUCUCCAUUUGGUUAUUAAGUGAAAGGUAAAAAAAAUGUUGUAAUUUUUCAGAUAGUAACGUCUACUAUUGGACCAAAGUGGAACAAAAUCAGACCGACCAAACAGCCCAAUUUUAAACAACUAUUUCUGGACUAACCUCUGAAUGAUGUCUGGUAUUUGGGGUGGACACCCAUCGCUGUGAUGGAAUGUUGAAUUUACUUUCACGAUGGGCAACUGUGGAGUUUGCAGGAGGGUUGAUGGUUCAAGCCCUUAUCUUGUCGUUGGGCAAGACACUUCACCUGCUUUGCUUACUGAUGGUGGUCAGAGGGCCUGGUGUUAUCAGCCUGGCUUCUAUCAGUGACCCCAGGGCAGCUAUAAUCUAAGAUGUAGCAUGCCAUCAUUGUGCAAAUGAAUGGAUGAAUGACUGAAAAGCGUAAAGAGCUUUGGUCAAGAUUCCUGACUUGAGGUGGAUAGAUCCAGGCAGGUAGAUUAAACUAUUUUGCAAGUGCUAUAUAAGUACAGACUAUUUUUAUCCUAGAAUUGUUUUGUCUGAAACAAAAAAAAUAGCAGGAUCCCUUCCAUGUUUGAAAAGGUGUUUCUCAUCUGUUUUUGUAAAGUAGUUCAUGGUGCUUUAUAGAUUUCUUGGCCCGCUUAUGAUUGUCUUACAGAUUUAUUUAAGUCAUUUCGUAAAUCUAAAGUCAAUGCAGUAAUCCGGCCUGGGUUUUGUAAGUGAAACUUGAUUCAACUGGUCAGCUGUUUUGACCAGUUAAUCAGUGCAUUUCAUUUUCUUCUUGUGAUCAGGUUGGCUUGGAUACCUUUUUGUCUUUAAUAUAUAUAUUCAUAAAUCCAUGCAUUUUGUAAUUACUCAAGUUGUCUUUGUCUAAUGAUGGCUUAAAACAUUCAGGUAUGAAAUACAAGCAAAAGCAAAUCUUUGAGGAAGUGAAAAGCUUUUUCCCUGUAUUGCAACUGAACUAUGGAAAUUGGCUAAAAGGAAAUCAUACUUAAACAUUCCAUGUUUUGUCUAUUUGCAGGAGCAGCCUGAAGCUUUGAUUUGCACUGUUGAACCAAAGUCUGUGCCUCAAUCGGUUUCUACUGUUUAAAAUGUAAAUUACGCUGUAAUUAAGUGUUUGACUCAACCAGGUGCCGGGAAAUCUGAUACACCUGGCAAAUAUAAGCGAACUGUAAAUAAUUCUUAGUUUUGUCUUACUGUAACAAUAAGCCUAUACCCAGACUGUUCAGCUCUUGCAGCAUUAUACACUGACAGCUUGUUAGCUGACAUUUUUCUGCCUGGAGAUACCUUUUUUGCAAAUGAUUUGAAACGUGACACAUGAGACAGUUGCAAAGAAUAAAACAUUAAGAGUGGUUUAUAAAGUGUCUUAUAUAGAACUUUUUCACUACGCCCUUCUGCUAAAACAAUUUUUGCAGCAUUUUUUUCAUGUGAAUUAAUCUAGUGUUGAAUAUAUAUUCCAACACACAAGGCUAAAAUUAAUGAAACAUUGCAGAGUGCAGAAAGCUGGCAACGUGGGCGCAUGUUAAAAUCACCUUCGCCCGAGGGCUGGGCCGGGACUUCUGCCAAGACUCGACAGAACCCACAAAGGAUGGGAUCCUGUUACCAAAUCCAGUUGAAAAUAAUUUAGAGUCUUGAUCUCAUCUUUCACCGCGUUGUGAUUGUGCAUGCUAAUUUGUCUUAGAGGCACCUCACGCAGUAUUUGAGGUUUAUAAUUUUUUUUUCUUUUAGCCCCUGCAGACAUAACCCUCUGAUCCUGAAUCUGAUCCCACUUUUUUUUUUUUUUUUACAUUACCACUGCAGAUUAUUCACAAGCGAUGAGGGCUCCCCUCUUUUUCCACUUUGAUUUAAAUUUGAACAAACAUUGUUUGUAACCACACAGAAAUGAGCCCUUGUUAGCUCUGUUAUAACCCCGAACUCCUGACUGUCAGCUGCUGUCCGUACAUCGAAAAUGUAAAGAAUGCAUAUCCUGAAGGUAAUUAGUGUGCAGAUUUAAAUUAUUUAAAAGGCCAAAGUGUGCUGAUUCGACUGGCUUUCUAUGAAUUUUCACAGUAAAAUCAAUUAGGGUUUAGUUUGGGUUUUUUGGCUCAUUUUAUGGUUGUCAUCCAGAAUGACAUUGCACAAUACAGGCAAACAUAGAAAAAGUUGAAAAUAUUAAGUUGAAAGCUUAUAGUAACAGCAGGAUGAUUGCAGAUAAAAAAAAUAAUAAUUCACUGCAUUUAAAUCCAUGCUUAUUCUAAAGUCCAUGUAUUUAUGACGAUAUGAUGUAUUCUGUGUGGAGUCCCCUUAAUAGCCCUCUAAAGUUCACAGUGUUGUUGAUCAUCAGCAGAUUUGCAGUGGCUUGCCAAAAUAUUUAAUAUUUUAUGUGAUAAACCAACCAUAAUUUGUGGAUAAAAGUGAACUGGAAGGACAGUGAUACCAAGUUCCAUAUAAGUAGCGUCAUAUAGAUGAGUUAUGCAACCAUCACUCUUUUUUUUCACAUUAAUUCGUUUCAUGAGAUAAUCUUUCCACGUUCAGCUUUAAUCCCAUUAAUGUUUGUUGGUCAAGUUUAGAACCAGUCAUAUAACUCUAACUGACUGACUAAUCCAGAACAUAUCAAUACACAUACUGCUUGUACAUUUUCCAUAUAAAAGUUUACCACUAAUUAAUCAUAACCUCUGAAACCUUUCAUUCUGUCUUUAAGAUACAAUAGUUACAGGAUUGUAGCUCGUGAUAAUAGAAUGUUACACAGUUUUUACUUUUUUACAAUCAAAAAGUAAUGGCUCAUUGCCUGCAAAAAAAUAAAAUAAAAUGUAUAUUUUUCCUAAUCUAUCUAUGCAGACAGCUGUCCUGUGUGUCAAAGGGUGAGAGGUGGGGUACACCCUGGACGGUCUGUCAGUCCUUCGCAGAAGCAAUAGUAGAAAGGAAAAACUCCUUUUUAACAGAAGAAAACUCCAACAGAACCAGAAACAGUGUGAGCAACCUUAAACCCGAGAUUGACUAGGGGUCCAAGGAAACAGAAGCAGACAUACAAAACUAACAUAGAACCACUGAUCUAUAUUUUCUAUGUUACAAAAUGUAACAUUAAACUAGCUCCACGGGUGGCUCUGUCUGGGAAAGAGCUCUGAGCCAGUUUCCAUGUCAAAGGGGUGAAAGAGAGCCCAUAGCUAUGUCUAGGAGAGAUUUAGAACUAAGAACUGAAAGACAGACCCAACUCAAUCAUCUAUAAUCUAAGGUGUGAUGGCAGCAGCCCAGCUGAUGUUUCUCUCCAGGAUAGUGUCACAGCUAAACAGGAAAUGACAGAUGAAUCUACUAUGAUGAGAAAGGCGGAACAUAAAUUUAGAGGUUGAACUAACAAAUACAGAAGGAAGAAUAGAGAUUUAAUAACGCAGAAUGAUGGAAGGGGUCCCUAUGUCCUCAAGCAGUCUAAGCCUUUAGCAGCAUAACUAUAGGGAUAGCUGAGGAUCAUCUGAGUCGCUCUAACUAUAAGCUUGAACAAAAAGGAAAAGUUUAAGACUAGCCUUAAAUUUAGACAGGAUGGAUGUCUGGCGGAUUAAUACUGGUAGUUGGUUCCACAGGAACUAAAAGAUCUGCCUCCCAUUCAACUUGAGAAAUUCUAGGAACUAGGCUACUAGAUUAAGAGCAAGGGGCUCCAUUAAGAACAUGAGGAAUGAUCAGAUCCCCGAUAUAAGAUGGAGCUUGGUUAUUUAGGGCUUUAUAUGUGAGAAGGAGCAUUUUAAAUGAUAUAGAAUUUAAAAGGAAGCCAAUAAAGAGCAGAUAAGAUAGGACAACUAUGAUCUCUCUUUUAAAUUAUCAUAAGAUCUUUGGAUGCAGCAUUUUGGAUCAGCUAAAGACUUUUAACUACAGUUUGUGGACUGAUACAAAAGAAUUGCAAUACGCUAGCUUUGAAGUGACAAAUGCAUGGAGUCCAUGGACUAGUUUCUCAGCAUCGCCCUUGGAGAGAAUAUUUCUCAUUUUU